GUAGGCACGUUUCAUACGUCUGGGGGUCUGGUGUUAACGUUUAGCCAACCUCAAGUUUUCGGGUUUUUCUUCUGAAAAACAGCCUCUGACUGCGUUUUUUGAGCUUGAAUAUGAAUUCUGAGAUGACAUAUCUUCUUGCUUCGUCUUGAAUGAAGCAUUCUGGGUCACUAAGUUAAUAUUUGGGCUCGUUGUUUGAAAGCUAAUCCUGUUAGUGGGGGUAAAGCAGCACAAAGUUGUCGAGCACUGUUGUCAUUGAACAUGUCUGAAAGACAGCAGUGCUCGUGUUGCUCCCAUCCAGUCUCCUCUCCCAGUGUUUGCCAGACGCUGAAUGAAAUGGACUUUGAACGAGGUAUCUGGUCUGCUGCGAUGGAUGGAGACUUGGAGAGAGUAAAAUCCUUUGUCCAGAGGGGAACAGACACUAACAUGAGAGACUCAGCAGGAUACACAGCUCUUCACUAUGGCAGCCGCAGUGGCCAUCUUGCUGUGUGCAGAUUUCUUCUUGAGAAUGGGGCCUGUGCAUCUCCCCAGACACCAGGCGGUGCCACACCCCUCCACCGAUCAGCUUACUGUGGUCAUCUGGACGUAGUUCAACUCCUUCUGCAGCACAGAGCCGAUCCAAUGCUCUGUGACGACGACGGUGCAUCCCCUUUACAUAAGGCUGCAGAACGGGGGCAUGAAGAGGUGUGUCGGCUGCUUCUUGAGCGAUGUCCAGCACUCUGCAGCCAGGUGAAUAAGAGGAUGCAGCUUCCCUACCAGCUGGCACAGCAGGGAGGCCUGCAGGAGCUGUUAAAACCCCCUCGAUGAUGACAGAUACAUUGCAAUAUGGGCAUGCUGUGUUUCUAAGAUCACAAAAAUGGCACACGCUGAAAAGGUGCUAGGUGAUGUCUGUUUAAGUCAGGAUUACACUCAUCUUGACCUGGAUUCACCACAUGGGAGCAUGAAGAGCCACUAAAUGAGACAAAGUAAACGUGACGGGGCUUUUCCUGCUUCAUAUUAUUAGCACCAUCAUGUUUUGAUUUCCGGUGCACUGCUUUUGUAAUAAUUGCAUCUCCUAAGCUUCAGAAAAGUGUGCUUUUUUUGAUACUGCUGCCACAUAACACCAGUGUGCAACAGCCGUCAACUCCUAUUAGGGAACAAAUGACUAAUAAUUUAGAUAAAUUGGUCAGUGAUCUUCACACAUCUACAUUUGUUUUAUGGGAAGGUACAACUGAGGUGUUAGGGUUGGGUGCUGAAUAUUGAAAAAGUGACAAAAAAAAGAUGAACAGAUGUGACUGAUCAGCAGGAAGAAUUACAUGAAUGUUUUCACCUCAUCGUGUGAUGAUUCAGGUAUUAGUGUCUGAAGCUGUAUUAGACAUAAAUGUGAAUUUGUUGAUAAUUUCACUGUGGAAAAAUUCCUUUAAAACAAGAGGAGAACGUGCAUACAAUUUAACUGCUGAUACACAGGCAGACAGGGACAGCAUUAGAGUUUAAAAGGCUGACGCUUCUCUGAAAUGGUUGCACUCAAAGGCACUAUGUGAAGAAUUUGAAAUAAGCUGACAUUAGGAGAGCAGGAAGCAGAAAUAAUAAUGCCAUCACAAUACCGUGAAAGACGCAAUCAUGACAUAUAAAUUUUACACAAAGUGCCACAUUUUGAGUCCGAAAGCUCCGUAAGCGUCUUAGAAGCUCUGUUUAAGUGGUGCAGGGUGAUGGGUUGGAGGCACACACUGAAUUUAUGCACUGCUCUGCAGCAUUAAUGGUUGUUUUCUUUGGACACAUGACAUGUUUAAUACAGCAGUUUGUAUUAAAGCUGGAGGCCAGCAUCUUA